AUGAGCCAGGAGAUGGACUUGGCCUCGCUUGUGGAGUACAACAUCAACGACUGCAAUGCUGCUCUGGACGUCUGGUAUAAGUCUGGUCUGAGCACAGAGAUCCCUUCGUUUGCUGCAUGUUCGUCUUCGCCAGUGUACGACUGUGGAAGAUACAUCACGACCAUGGUUCCUCUGGCAAUCUCGUCUGAGGCUCUUUCGCGUGGCAUGAUGCUGAACUGGUCUACCAGCAACAAGGACCAGGAGUACAGGGGAGGCUUCGUACUCGACCCCAAGCGCGGGCACCACCUGAGCAUAAUAGUGUGCGACUUUAGUUCCAUGUAUCCUACCAUAAUGACGUGCUGCAACAUCUCGCCCGAGACAGUGGAGGUGCAGGAGACGCUGGGAGAAGACGUGGAAGGAGAGGUAACAUGGUCGUCCACACAUGUGCGCAUUGUACUCGAAGACUGUGUCGCGCUGUUCCCAUAUAAGUCCACCUCGCUGCUCAAGGAGGUGCUGUUGGAUAUGGUCACACUGAAAAAGGAACACAGGAAGUCUGACCACUCUAUGCCAAAUCGCUCCAAUCCAUCAUGCUCCUCUGCUGUCACCUCCAUAGGAAGGUGGCGUGUGAAGCUUGCAUACCGCGUUCUCGAGCGUCACGGCCUGAAAGUCCUGUAUGGCGAUACUGACUCGUGCUUCGUGUGUCCGUCUGAUCCCGCUCUAAGAACCCAGGAAGGGCGUACCACAGCUGUUGCAAGCGCACUGGAAAGGCUCAAACAGGAGUUCGAGGAUACCCCACUUAGAGGUAUGACGAUGGAGAUGGAUAGCUACCAUCCCGGGAUUAUUCUCCUGGACAAGAAGCGAUACUGCAAGCUCAACCUCGACGGGCGAAUAAGGUACACAGGUGUGUCUGCCGCGCGCAGUAAUGUUGCCGGGCUCGUGAAGGACAAAUGCAUGCGUGUGGCGGAAUCUAUACUCAAGUCUACCUCAAGAAAUGAGCAGGUGGACAGCAUAUCCAGACACCUCGAAACAACCAUGAGACAUGUCAUGAGCGGAAGAGUUACAGUGAAGGAUGUCUCCAGUAUCGCUUCGAGGGACGGCGUCAAGUGCUACGCAUACUCAUCAGCAUCGGGUGAAACGGUCAGGAGGGCCCUUUGGGAGUCUCACCUGGAUGCCUCCGACGUCAGAGCUCCAGAAGUUUUAGAGAACGUCCGGGAGGAAAGUGACAGGACGCUCAUCGAAGCUUGUGAUGUGCUCGAGUCUGCUGUAGUCGGUGGUAAGAAGCUGCUCCACCCACCCGAGAUCCCUUCUCAAAAUUCCCUCGCGUGUUGUAGGAGGCAGGCCAGAUGCCUCGGGCUCGUACGACAUGCACAUGGCCAGAUCUUUGACUUCCUCUACCGUGAAGCUGCACCCCCUACGCCUUUCCUCAAUCGAUCUUAG